AGAGAGAGAGAGAGAGAGAGAGAGAUGGAGGGGGAGGCAGUGGUUGAAGAAGAAGCCUGAAAAGCAGCGCUGAGGAAAAACAAAGACGUCUGUGAGUUUUUCUCUUGUAUCAGGAUGACUGUCACAUAUUCUAGCAAAGUAGCGAAUGCCACCUUCUUCAGUUUCCACCGGCUGCUGCUGCGCUGGAGGGGCAGCAUCUACAAACUGCUGUACAGAGAGUUCAUCCUGUUUGUUGUGCUCUACACCGGACUGAGCGUCGUGUACAGGCUCGUCCUCUCCGAAGAGCAGAAGCGGUUGUUCGAGAAACUUUCCAUGUACUGCGAUAAAUACGCAGAGCAGAUUCCCGUCACCUUCGUUCUGGGAUUUUACGUGACUCUGGUGGUGAAUCGAUGGUGGAAUCAGUUUGUUAACCUGCCCUGGCUUGACCGACUUAUGUUCCUCAUCUCCAGCUGUGUUCAGGGUAAAGAUGAAUAUGGCCGCCUGCUGCGCCGAACGCUCGUACGUUACGUUAACCUGACGUCACUGCUCAUCUUCCGCUCCAUCAGCACUGCUGUCUGCAAACGCUUCCCGACCAUUGACCACGUGGUCGAGGCAGGUUUCAUGACUCCAGAGGAGAGGAAGGUGUUUGAGGACAUCCGUUCUCCUCAUCUGAAGUACUGGAUCCCUGUUGUCUGGUUCUCCAACUUAGCGUCUAAAGCACGACAGGAAGGACGCAUCCAAGACAGCAUUGACCUGCAGAAUAUUCUCAAUGAGAUGAAUCUGUUCAGGACUUGGUGUGCAACCCUUUUUGGCUACGACUGGGUCGGCAUCCCACUGGUUUAUACACAGGUCGUCACUCUUGCAGUCUACACCUUUUUCUUCGCUUGUCUGAUUGGUCGUCAGUUCCUCGACCCCGACCAGGGUUACCAUGGCCACGACCUUGACAUCUACGUCCCCGUCUUCACUCUGCUGCAGUUCUUCUUCUACUCUGGCUGGCUGAAGGUGGCGGAGCAGCUGAUCAACCCGUUCGGAGAGGACGAUGAUGACUUUGAAGCUAACUGGAUCAUCGACAGGAACCUUCAGGUGUCUCUGCUGGCCGUAGAUGAGAUGCAUAUGAACUUGCCUCACAUGACCAAAGACAUGUACUGGAAUGACUGUGAGGCACGUCCACCCUACACACUAGCAGCUGCCGACUACUGCAUCCCUUCGUUCCUUGGCUCCACCACCGACAUGGGACUCUCUGAUAUCCUGCAGUUUGAUGACACUGAUGUUAUUGACAGUCAUCGACGGCAACAGGACUCGAUUUUGCCUUCGCGCCAAGAGUCGGUUCUGGGUCGAGUCCGUCGGCUGCUGAGCGUUCAAGAGCCUCCUGACCUCCGACCUCCUCGACCCAUAUUCAAACGACAUAGCAGUGAUGCAACAGGAAGCUUCUUUCCAGACUUCAGGAUCCAUCCAGGUCCAGAGGACCUGAGUCGACCCUCCUCCUUGGCCAUGCCUCCCCUUGACACCCUGUCCACCUUAAGAGAGGUCAGCAGCAACCCUCCAUCCCCUGAAAGCUCACCCUCUGCUGUUUUCCCUCAGCUCAUUGUCAGCCCGCCAUUGUCUGGUGACAUCUGUUACAACUUGGAUUCUUCUGGCAAUGGUGAAGCAGCAAAACCUCAAAAUGGACUGGAUCCCUCUCCCAUUGAGGAGACUCAGGGCUCUGACACUCCAAGGACCGGCUCCACAGUCUGUUGUUCCCCCACCCAGCUAGGACCCAAGGCAUUUCGCUGGACAACACUAAAUGGUCAGAAUCACCAACCGACCCGACCAAGAGGGCGCCAGUUCUCCCUUCAAUUCUCCAGGCAGUCAUCCAAAGGGUCAGUCCGCAGCCUGCCAAGCCCCAAGGCUCUGGGAAGGCGGAGACGAGGCCUGGCUCGAUUCCAGUCCAGACGAUCACCUGGUCCUCCCACUGACACUCUGCAGCUCCCUGACCCUGAGUACAACCAUGACUUCCAGGGAAUGUCAGGGGCUGAGGAUGAGAAUAGAGAGGGAACCAACAGCAGCCAAGAGAUCAAAAACCCAAACUCCCAGUCACAGAGCUCGGAUAAACGAGAGCCAUUCACAGAUACAUAAUACUGCCCAAACAGAGCCAAUCUCUAAGCUGGUAACAACAAGAGAAGUCACAGCUUUGAAGAGGAAAGUUUAUUUAAACAAACAAAUACUUAGAAAGCUCAGGCCUCGAAAGGGAUCCUCUGAAGCCUGGAGUUCCUGCUUGUUGCCAGCUUUGUCAGUGCAGACUAACCCGAACCCCAAGAUGGUACACCAAAGAACACAAAAGACAAGAAGGAAUCCUAUUACUGUUAAUCAGAAAUAAGCGCAACCGGGCAAAGGUGGUAAGAGCAAGCGGCAACCCUCACAGCUGAAUGUGACUGGUUGAAACACAUGCAAUUCAAGAUGCCUUAAUAUUUUCUUAAUAUAUAAAUAACUCAAUGCACAUCACUAAACAUCCAUUCAUCCAUCUUCUAUACCGCUUAUCCGUCAGGGUCGUGGGGGGCUGGAGCCUAUCCCAGCUGACUGCGGGCGAGAGGCAGGUUCACCUUGGACUGAUCUCCAGUCAAUCGCAGGGCCAACACACAAAGACAGACAACCACACACUCUCACACUCACACCUAGGGGGCAAUGUAGAGUAGCCAAUUAACCUAAUGUGCAUGUUUUUGGGAUUG